UCCCUGAACUUCUCCGGGAAGAGGAAUUCCAGGGCGGAUGCGGGAAUUGGGGCGCUGAGGCCCGCGCUGGGGGCGAUGCGAGCGGCCGAGGCAGCCGAGGAGGAGGAGAUGCCGCCCUUCGGCUCCGCAGCGGGAGGGCGAUCCCGGAGCGGCUGCCGCCGGUGCCGCCGGAAUCUCUCGCUCCGCGCAUCCGUCAGGAUCCUCUUCGGCCUCUCCGGGAUGCUCCUGGUGGCCGUGGCCGUGCUGGGAGCGCUGGUGUUCCGGAAGGUCGAUUCCAUCUCCGAGGAGAUCGGCUCAUCCCAGAGCUUCUACGAGCGGAAAAUCCUCUCCCUCCAGGAGCAUCUCCAGGGAUUGGGCGAGAAAACCGGGAACGGCUCCGCGUGCCGGGACACGGCGGCGCUGGGCCGGGAGCUCUCGGAGCUGCAGCGGGAGCUGGAGGAGAUCCAGAAGAUGCUCCUGGCCCAGGAGAUCCUCCUGGAUCGAACUUCCCAGAGCCACGCCCGCCUCUCCUCCGCCGGCUCCUCCAUCUCCGGCGGGCUGGAAAACUGCUCCGCGUCCAUCGGGAACGUCAACCGGAGCCUGGAGCGGCUGCGGGAGCGGGCGGGGGGGUGGCAGGCGGUCGCUUCCCGCCUGGAGAAUUCCCUGCAGGGCCUGGCCCGGCAGCGCUCGGAGGCGGCAGCGGCCGUGGAGCGGCUGAAUUCCAGCCUGGCGCAGAAUUCCCAGCGGCUCCGGGCGCUCCAGGGGAAGGCGGACGAGGAGACGCUGACGCUGCAGCGGGCGGUGACCGAGUGGCAGAACUUCUCCCGGGCCUUGGGCUCGCUCCGCUCGGCCUCGUCCCGGAGCGCGGAGCUGCUGCGGAGCCUGCAGGCCGGGCUGGGCGCGGCGGCGCGGGAAGCGGCGCGGAAUUCCCAAGGGAUGCACGAGCUGGCCCUGCAGCUGCUGGGGCUGCAGCUGGGGCUGGACAACGUCUCCUCGCAGCUGGACGAGCAGCAGGACAACGCCCAGGACCUGCGCUACCACCACGGCCACGGCCGCGACCGCACGGAGGAGCGGUUCCGGGCGCUGGAAUCCCGCAUGGAAUCGCACGAGCUGGAGAUCGGCACCAUCGUGGCCAACGUGGGCGCCACGGGCGGGCACGUCCGCGGCAUGCUGCGCUUCCUGGACGCCGUGCGCCUCUCCUGCUCCCUGGGCUUCCGCGCCCACGCCGAGGAGCUGCAGCAGCUCAACCGAUCCCUCGGGAAGCUCCAGGAGGCCACGGGAGCGCUGCGGGAGCGCUCCGGGAUCCUGGGCGCCCGCCUGGAAUUCGACGUCCGCAACCUGUCGGCGGCGGUGGAGGAGAUGAAGGCGGUGGACGCGCGGCACGGGGAGGCGCUCCGGAACGUCACCGCGCUCCGAGGCGUUCCGGGCCUCCCGGGGCCCCGCGGCCUCAGGGGCGAUGCGGGAUCCGGGGGCGCCCCGGGAAUUCCAGGCCAGAAGGGCGACGCCGGAAUUUUGGGAUCGCCGGGACCGCCGGGACCGCCGGGAUCUCCGGGCCCGCCCGGGCCGCAGGGGGAGCGGGGCCCCGCGGGCUCCCGGGGCUUUCCCGGCUCCAAGGGCUCCAAGGGAAGCUUGGGAAUCCCCGGCUCGCGGGGCCCCGCGGGGCCCAAGGGCGAUCCCGGUGUCCCCGGGCCCGCGGGAGAGCCGGGAAAGGCGGGAGCGCCCGGGCCGAGGGGAAAACCGGGAAUGCCCGGGAGCCCCGGAGCCGCGGGGCCGGCGGGGCCCGAGGGGAGCAAGGGGGACCCCGGGCCCAGGGGAGCCCCGGGACUGCCGGGACCGCCCGGGGCCCCCGGAGCGUGACGGGAACCGGGACCGGCACCGGGACAGGGACAGGGACAGGGACAGGGGGGUCCCGGUGCCACCCCCGGGACGGGGACAGGGACAGGGACCCCCAGUGCCAC